UUGAAUCAGUUGGUUAUAAAUUGGAAAUAUGCCCCUUUGGUUGUCGAGAACACAUAUGAUAUGAUACAACAACUUAACUUGAAAUAUUGUGUGGUUGGAGUGAUGAUGAUGAACGGUGUAGUUUAUGCAGUGUUGAUGGUGCAGCUACUUGCAUGGACCAGCAGUGCAGCGGUGGUGGCAAGUGGGAAGUGCAUUGAGAGUGAAAGGCAAGCUCUGCUUUCUCUCAAACGUGGCUUCAAUGCCACGGAUGAUGAUUGGGUGUCUUCAUGGGGAGAUGGGGAGCAGCAGAAGGAGUGUUGCAAAUGGGAAGGCGUCAAGUGCAGCAAUGUAACUGGCCAUGUUCUCAUGCUUGAUCUUCAUGGUCAUUACACUCGUGAAUCCAUAAGCCCAUCACUCAGUGACUUACAUCAUUUGAACUACUUGGACCUUAGUGGUAAUCUCUUUACUCUCACCCCAUCCAUCCCUCCUUUCAUUGGCUCUUUAACCUUUUUGACACAUCUCAAUCUCUCUUCUUGUUUUUUCGGUGGAAACAUACCUCCUCAAUUGGGAAAUCUGCUCUUCCUCGAGUAUCUUGAUUUAGGAGGGAAUUGUUUUUAUCCUCCGCAACAAAUCCCUUCUCAGUUCUCAAAUCUCUCCCAUUUAGUGUACCUUGAUCUUAGUUCCAGUAAUUUGGUUGGAGGAUUCCCUCUUCAACUCACAAAUAUGUCAUCCUUGACAUAUUUGGAUCUUAGUUAUAAUAGACUUAAUGAAACAAUGCCACCCCAACUUGGAAAUCUCUUAUCCUUGGAACAUCUUGAUCCAAGUUACAAUGCAUUCACCGGAACCAUUCCUAGUCAAUUCAAAAAUAUUUCCCGUUUGCAGUAUCUUGACCUUGAUUCCUUGUACAUGAUGAGUUCUGAUUUACAAUGGCUAUCUGAACUUUCAAUCCUGAGGUAUCUUUCGCUUGCUUGGGUGAAUCUAAGUGGUGCCAGCAAUUGGCAACAACAAGUGAGUAGCCUUUCUCAUCUUCAAUAUUUAGACUUGCAUGCUUGCAAUCUUGUUGAUUCCAUCCCCACUUCAUCACUUGCAUCCCCUGCUAAUUUCUCCACUUCUCUCUCAUUUGUCUAUAUCUCUUAUAACUCUCUAAGGAAUGCAGCCUUGAUAUUCCCAUGGUUAAUGAAUUCCACUCGUAUCCUUGAGGAGUUAAAUCUUGCAAAUAAUGAGCUCAAAGGCCAAAUACCUCUAUCCUUGUUUCAUAGUUGUAAUUUGGUACACCUUGACCUAUUCAAGAACAAGUUGACAGGAGAGUUUCAUGAAUAUAUUCGAGAGUAUUCUCGUUGUGCUCAUAAACCCUUACGAAUCUUGCUUCUGGGAUGGAAUGAAAUUACGGGGAUGGUGCCUGACCUCUCUCAGCUUCAAUCUUUGCAAGAGUUACAUCUUGGUAACAACAGGUUAAGUGGAACCAUACAUGAAGGUAUUGGACAACUAUCCAACUUAACUGAGUUAAGCCUUGGGAAUAACUUCCUGAAAGGUUUGAUAUCUGAAGCUCAUUUCUCAAGACUUUCCAAUCUUGACACUUUGGAUUUGUCUCAUAAUGCAUUGGCUUUUAAUGUUAGCGUGGAUUGGAUUCCCCCUUUCAAUUUAACUGACAUUUAUUUGGCCCGUUGCAAGUUGGGGCCUAACUUUCCAACAUGGCUUCAUACCCAAACCAUGAUUGAGUAUUUGGAUAUUUCCUGUGCUGGAAUUUCUAGCACUGUUCCUAAUUGGUUUUGGGAACCCCUUCCUCAUAUGUUUUAUUUGAAUAUUUCUCACAACCGUUUUCUAGGAAAAAUUGAAGGCCCAGCUAUGGUUUCUGACCAACUUGUUUCAAUUGAUUUGAGCUUCAAUUUAUUUGAAGGCACGAUUCCAGCAUUCCUUGCAACUGCUUUACAUGUUUUUUUGUCCAAUAACAGAUUUUCAAUUGCAAAUCCUCUUUUAUGUACAAACUCGCCCAAACGCAUGAGAUUUAUGGAUUUGUCAAACAAUAACCUUAGAGGAGAACUUUCGGAUUGUUGGAGGGAUUUUGAGUUAUUGGUCGUCCUAGAUUUAUCCAAUAAUCAGUUUUAUGGAAAUAUGCCAAAAUCUCUGGGCUCUUUAAGAAAUAUCCAGUCAAUACACUUUGAAGGCAAUCAUUUUUCAGGAGAGAUACCACCAUCCUUGCAUAAUUGCACACAACUACGAGUUUUUGAUGUUGCAGGUAAUAAGUUGUCAGGAACAAUACCAAGCUGGAUUGGAGAUAAUAUUCGAAAGCUACUUGUACUUAGCUUACAUUCCAAUAACUUUCAUGGUAACAUUCCAUUAAGCAUGUGCAAUCUCGAUGAACUUCGUGUCUUGGACCUCUCUUUAAAUAUUCUGUCUGGCAGUAUACCUAAAUGCAUAAGUAAUCUGUCUGCUAUGGCCAUUCAAGCAAAAUCAAAUGCAACCAUUACCGAUGACUAUCAUUAUGAAUAUGGCGAUGUGUUUAGCCGUACUGGCCAUGUACGUGAAGUUUCUGGAGUUUAUAACGAUAGCGCAUCACUGACAUGGAAAGGGAAAAUGUCAAAAUAUGGAAGCACCCUGGGAUUGUUGAGAAGUAUUGAUUUCUCCAGCAACAGGUUAACAGGGGAAAUACCAACUGAGAUGAUGACUCUUAUUGGCUUGGUUUCUUUAAAUCUUUCAAGAAACUUUUUUAGUGGACACAUUCCUCCAACUAUUGGACAACUGACGUCAAUAGAUUUUCUUGAUCUAUCCAGAAAUCAUUUGUCAGGAACAAUUCCUUCACAGCUUACUCAGAUUGACGAUCUCAGUGUUCUUGACUUGUCAUACAAUGAUUUAUCCGGAGAAAUCCCACUUGGCACGCAACUUCAAACUAGGGAUGCAUCUGCUUAUGCAGGAAAUCCAAAACUUUGUGGUGCUCCCCUCAACAAUACUUGUCCCAUUCAUGGUCACCAGAUCAGUGAACAUGAUGCUGAUGGUGAUGAUGAUGAACAAUUUGUAAGCCAGGGAUUCUACAUUGCUAUGGCUGUUGGAUUUGUUAUGGCAUUUUGGGGAGUGUGCUUCUCAUUGAUUUUGAAGAAAUCUUGGAGAUAUGCUUAUUUCAAGUUGUUGAGUGAUGUCUAUGACAAGCUCUAUGUGUUUACAGCGAUCAAGGUGGCCAAAUUCAAAAGGAUCAGAUCUCAAAUAUGAAGGCAAAAGAGUAGACAGUAUCUUGUGUUAAAAAGAUAGAACUUUGUUUGUGAUACAGUCAGAAUCUUCAUGCAUGUGUAUCCAUUUGAAAGCAGACCAAUAAUAUUUAGUGAUGCAGUUAAUAUAAGAAAAAAGUUUGUUAAUAUAAUAAGUAUUAUGUUUGGAUAUUUUAGCCCUGUUUAGGUUUACUGCUGUAGCUGCAGGGAGGAAUGCAGAAGAGGAUGCUUUUUCACAUUUCACCUAUAUUGCAUAGUAUUUGUUAUAUGAGUGUGAUUGUCAAACUUACCCUUGUUUUAUUGCUGUAAUUUAUUUUCUGGGACGAUAUUAAGUGUUAGUUAUUAUGGAAGUGCUUGUGGACUUGUGG